AUGAGCUGCCCGCUCCGCGCUGCCGCGCUGGGCUGCUGCUGCUGCUCGGCGCCUGGCGGGGAGCUCGGCCCGCCGGCCGGCCCCGGCUCCCCCUCGUGCCCGGCUCCGUGCCGCUGCUUCGGGGACCUGCUGGACUGCAGCCGCCUCAAGCUGAGCCGGGUGCCCGAGCGGCUCCCGCAAGGUGUGGUGCAGCUGGACUUAAGUCACAACAGAUUAUCUUCAAUCAAGGCCAGUUCCUUGAGUCACCUUCAUAGUCUUCGAGAAAUAAAACUGAACAAUAAUGAAUUGGAGACUAUACCUAAUCUGGGACCAGUCUCUGCAAAUAUUACUCUUCUGUCCUUGACCAGUAACAAGAUUGGGGGCAUCUUACCUGAACAUCUGAAACCAUUUCAGUCUCUAGAAACUUUGGACCUGAGCAACAAUAAUAUUUCAGAGUUGAAAACUGCAUCAUUUCCUUCUUUGCAGCUCAAGUAUCUGUACAUUAACAGUAAUCGAAUAACCUCCAUGGAGCCAGGUGUCUUUGACAGUUUGUCUAGCACACUUCAAGUAUUGAAACUGAACAGGAACAAAAUUUCAGUCAUCCCUCAAAAGAUGUUUAAACUGUCCCAUCUGCAGCACCUGGAGCUGAAUCGCAACAGAAUAAAAAAAAUAGAUGGGCUUACUUUCCAAGGACUUACUGCUUUGAAAUCACUAAAAAUGCAACGAAAUGGGGUAAAUAGACUCAUGGAUGGAGCUUUCUGGGGAUUAACCAACAUGGAAGUCUUGCAGCUGGACCAUAACAACCUAACCGAGAUUACCAAAGGCUGGCUUUAUGGCUUGCUGAUGUUGCAGCAGCUCCAUCUCAGCCAAAACGCCAUCAGCAGGAUCAGCCCCGAUGCCUGGGAAUUUUGCCAGAAACUCAGCGAGCUAGAUUUAACAUUUAAUCACUUAGCAAGAUUGGAUGAUUCAAGCUUCGUUGGUUUAAGCCUACUAGUUGGACUGUAUAUUGGGAACAACAAAGUAAACUACAUUGCUGAUUGUGCCUUCCGGGGACUUUCCAGUUUAAAGACUUUGGAUCUGAAGAAUAAUGAAAUCUCAUGGACUAUUGAAGAUAUGAAUGGUGCAUUCUCUGGACUUGACAAACUUAGAAUACUGAUACUCCAAGGAAACAGGAUUAGGUCCAUUACAAAGAAAGCAUUUUCUGGUUUGGAUGCACUUGAACACCUGGAUCUAAGUAAUAAUGCAAUCAUGUCAGUACAGGGAAAUGCAUUUUCACAAAUGAAGAAACUUGAAGAAUUGCACUUAAAUACAUCAAGUCUUUUGUGUGACUGCCAACUAAAAUGGCUACCACAGUGGGUAUCAGAAAACAACUUUCAGAGCUUUGUGAAUGCCAGUUGUGCCCAUCCUCCACUGCUAAAAGGCAGAUGUAUCUUUGCUGUUAGCCCAGAUGAGUUUGUGUGCGAUGAUUUUCCUAAACCACAGAUCACUGUCCAGCCAGAAAGCCAGUCAGCAAUCAGAGGCUCCAAUCUGAGUUUCGUAUGUUCAGCAGCCAGCAGCAGUGAUUCCCCUAUGACGUUUGCGUGGAAAAAGGACAAUGAAUUACUGCAUGAUGCUGAAAUGGAGAAUUAUGCACAUCUCCGGGCACGGGGUGGUGAAGUGAUGGAAUACACUACCAUACUUCGGCUACGCAAUGUUGAAUUCAGCAAUGAGGGAAAAUACCAGUGUGUUAUUUCAAAUCACUUUGGUUCAUCCUACUCUGUCAAAGCCAAGCUUACAGUUAACAUGCUGCCAUCAUUUACAAAGAUGCCCAUGGACCUAACCAUUCGUGCUGGGGCAACGGCACGAUUAGAAUGUGCUGCAGUUGGUCAUCCAGUACCACAGAUUGCUUGGCAGAAAGAUGGUGGCACAGACUUUCCUGCAGCACGCAAGAGACGUAUGCAUGUCAUGCCCGAGGAUGAUGUAUUCUUUAUUGUUGAUGUAAAAAUUGAGGACACUGGAGUUUAUAGCUGUACAGCUCAAAACACUGCUGGGAGCAUUUCAGCUAAUGCAACGCUGACAGUACUAGAAACACCAUCAUUUUUGCGGCCCUUGCUAGACCGAACAGUAACAAAAGGUGAAACUGCAGUCUUGCAGUGCAUUGCUGGUGGUAGCCCUCCGCCUCGGUUGAACUGGACUAAGGAUGACAGCCCAUUGGUGGUAACAGAAAGGCACUUCUUCGCUGCAGGCAACCAAUUACUGAUUAUUGUGGACACAGAUAUUGAAGAUGCUGGGAAAUACACUUGUGAAAUGUCUAAUACACUUGGAACAGAGAGAGGCAACAUUCGUCUAAAUGUAAUUCCUACUCCCACCUGUGAUUCUCCUCAAAACAUUGCUCCAUCGUUGGAUGAUGAUGGAUGGGCCACAGUUGGUAUAGUGAUCAUAGCAGUGGUUUGCUGCGUGGUGGGCACUUCCCUUGUGUGGGUGGUCAUCAUAUACCACACAAGGAGAAGAAAUGAAGAUUGCAGCAUCACAAAUACAGAUGAGACAAACUUGCCUGCUGACAUUCCAAGUUACCUGUCAUCCCAGGGAACAUUAGCUGAAAGGCAGGAUGGGUAUGGGUCAUCAGAAAAUGGAAGUCAUCAUCAGUUCAUAACUUCUUCAAUGGGGGGAUAUUUUUUACAGCAGAGAGAUAGUAAUGGCAUUUGUCAUCUAGAUAAUGGUAGUGAAACAGACCUGGAGGUUAUUACAGAUCCAUUCUUAUGCCACUAUCUGGGGACUACAGGGACUGUGUAUUUAAAAGGCAAUGCUUAUGGCUCUGACACUUUUGAAGCAUACCAUACAAGCUGCAGCCCUGACCAAAGAACAGUGUGCAUGGACCCCUGUGACUCUAGUUACUUAAAGAAAAAGGAACGCUAUCCGUAUUCACUUGGAACAUUAUCACAUUCACCAGAAGAUCCCUUUGACCAGUAUGUUGGCAGCAUUGGAAUGCAGGCUACAAGUAACAAAUUGCUUAACUCUACUUACAUGCCAAAUGAAGGAAUUGGAGUGAAAAGCUUGAGUCUAAACUCAGACAUCUUUGAUUUGAACAGAAAUCAGGAAUCAUCCUCUAUUACCACUAGUAGCACUUUCAUGGGUAUGUUUCAGCUACUGCAUUUCUUAAAGCUGCAAACAUCAUUUGUAUACACGUCCCUUAUGACUUGCAUGUACUAGAAAACAUGUUUAUCCUUUUGUCAAAGCAGUAGUUCAGGGUUGUACUCAGUGAUUGCUUAUAUGAUUGUUACGUAUUGUGAGAAACCUAACUAAAAGCUGGUCACAUAAGUAGCCUGACUUUUUUUCAGAGACACUGAGCACAUGCAGUUACCACUGAGUUCAGUGGGAUACUGCAGUUUAUAAAAUAUAUACUGUUUGAAAAUUUUGGUAAUUUAACCAAUGAAACUUUCCCAUGUAAGCAAGACCUUAGUUUGGGAAAGCUAACUUUAGUAUUACUUCUUUUCCUCCAUUAUUUGUGUCGUGCCAGGAGCAUGCAGGGCACUUCAUAUUCAGACAAGGUACUCUGACAAGGCCUUUGAAUAGACAGUGUACCACACUCGAGGGGCUCAAAUGAGAAACAAAAAGUAGUGGGACUAGAUGAUGAAGUUAUGAACAAGCCUUUAGUUUCUUGAUUUUUGUUGGGAGGGGGGUGGAUUUAAAAAAAAAAAUAUUCAGUGCAUUAUAAAAUAUCUUUUACUAUACAAAGGGAAUAAAUUCUGCAUGCAUUUCUUAGUUGGUAGCAUCAGUUUCUGGGUAACUGCAUCUGUAUUCCCCCUCCAUGGUCCCUCAAGGGCACACACACAAGGUUUUCUGCUCCCAGCUGUCAUCUCUCUUGAGUGAAGACCCACGUGUCUCUCCCUCCUGACUGGAGUUUUAAGAUUGCACAUCUCCCUGCCUUACACUAUGAUAUCCCCUGCAAGCCAGUCUGCUUAAAUACUAGUGCCUGUGCUUUUGCUUUCUUUCCAAUGGCUAUGAAAAGUGUAUUGCCAAAGGUUACAAGCUAUCACCCAGUCUUUCUGAGCAAGCACACUUUUUCUUAAGAUAAAAGCAUUACCAAAAAAGGGAGAAAAAAAAACCAAAAAACCCCCAACACAACCCCACAACAAUAAGCAGAUUUAAACACACACUUAGCAUACCAGGAAUCACGCACCAGUCUUAUAGGGCCCUAGUAGGCUAGUAUCUUUCUAACCCUUCCAUGAAGUUCUCCCUUUGUCCAUUUGCUGCGUCAGAAAGAAGACUUAAGUCAGUUUAGGCUCAUCCUUUUAGAUCAAAAGCUCUUCCUUUGUUUCCUAGCCUCUGGAAACCCCAGCAUGAACUAGUAUAUACAAACCGCCCCAGGGGUUAGAACAUCUCUGGAGUUUGUUACUCAUCUUAAUCACCCUCUACUGUUUUUUAGUUCCUGUGGUAGCUGAGGUAACCCUCCCCCAUAGAGUAGAACACAAU